AUGAUUGAGGUGGUUUGUAAUGACCGUCUAGGAAAGAAAAUCUGCGUCAAGUGCAACACCGAUGACACCAUCGGGGACUUGAAGAAACUGAUAGCAGCCCAAACUGGCACCCGGUGGAAUAAGACCGUUCUUAAAAAGUGGUACACGAUUUUUAAGGACCACGUGUCUCUGGGAGAUUAUGAAAUCCAUGAUAAGGUGAACCUGGAGCUGUAUUACCAAUAG